AUGGCACUAGGCUCGCAAGCUCUUCGUCCAUCUUACAUGGACCUGCCUCGCUUCGUCCUGAACCACGGGACAUAUGAUGAGAACAAACCAGUUCUCAUCGAUGCCGCCGCCCCUGAGAGGGCUAUCACCAAGGCACAGGCUAAGGUGAUGGUGGAACAGACGGCGCGAGGUCUGCAAGCAGUGGGCCUCAAGCGCGGAGACACGGUCUGUGUCGUUCAUCUGAACGACAUCAUGUACCCGGUGGUUUUCUUGGCCAUCAUCAUGGCAGGGNGUGUGUUCUCGGGGGCUAACCCCAUGUACAAGGCAGGCGAGCUCCGCCACCAUUUCGAGGUCUCGGAGACCAAGUUUGUCAUCUCCGAUCCCGCUUCCUUCGCUGCGGUCUCCGAGGCCUCGGAAGGUCUUCUCGAUGCUGGCAACAUCAUCCUUUGGGGUGACGAAGAGGCCGGUUCUUCGGUCGGUACCCGGUACUCGCUCGCUGAUCUCAUGGCAGGCGUUGCUGGUGCAUCGGCCGUCGACCCGGUCUCUUUCGGCGACGAGACCCGAGCCAGAGACACUGUCGCCGUCCUCAUGUCGACAAGUGGCACUACUGGUUUACCAAAGAUGGCUGCCAGAUCACACCUGAGUCUGGUCACCGAGAACUUGGCCUUGCAAGACGGUGUCGCGAAGAACUACGAGGUUGCCCGUUUGCUCUUUACCCCGUUCUUUCACGGAUUCACCGCCCCGCUCGCUUUGGUCGAUGCUCUCGUUCAUGGCCAAACCACCUAUGUCAUGCCUCGGUUCAAUGUCAAGAGUUGCCUUGAGUACGUCGAGCGUUACAACAUCACAGAGAUUGCAGCACCUCCGCCCGUUCUUCUGGCUUUCCGACAGGUACCCGAGGCCGACCGCACUGCCCUUCGUUCAAUUCGUUCCAUCUGGAGUGGUGGUGCUCCCAUGGCGGCAAAAAUGCAGAAUGAAGCUGUCAGAAUGUUCUACCCAUAUGCGCGUAUCGUUCAAGUCUACGGCAUGACCGAGGCCGGUUGGAUCACGACAUUCCGGUUCCCAGAGCUAGACGAGACGGGUUCUGUCGGCCGCCUUCUUCCUUCUUAUGAAGCCAUGAUCACCGACUCCAAUGGCAAAGACAUCACAGCAACCCAGAAACCAGGCAUGCUAUUCGUCAGAGGUCCUAUCAAUAUGCUAUACUACCACAACAACACCCUCGAGACCUUCAACACCUUACGCCACGGCUGGCUACGCACAGGCGAUGUAGCCUACUUCUCCCACGAGCACAAACUCUACAUCACCGACCGCCAAAAAGACAUCAUCAAAUACCGAGGCUGGCAAAUCUCUCUCACAGAAAUCGAAGCUUGUCUGUUAUCUCACCACCUCGUGUCCGACGUUGGUGUUUUCGGUUUCUUCUUGACUGACGUCGACUACGAAAUGGUCGUUGCGCACGUCGUGCUCAAGAGUGGUAUGCCUCUGUGUCACGAGCAAUUCACCAUCAUGAAAGAAUUGGCAGAUUACUGCAAGGACAAGCUCGCAAACUACAAGACAGCGGCUCUGAACUUCCGUUUCAAGGAAUCCAUUCCCAAGAAUCCCGCUGGCAAGAUCUUGAGGAAUGAGAUGAAGCUUGAUGAAGUGGAGUGGAAAAAGGUCAUGGAUUGGUUGCUUCAAUUUAAGAAGUGGGACGCCGGUCCGCCUGAAGAGGAUGAAAUCAUCUGGGAAGACGACGAGGAAGGCGUGUGGGAAGAUGAAGGUGUUGACGAAGGUGGAUACGUCAAUGAGGAGACCGAGAAGGACAAGGUCGAGAACGAGAUCCUUGCAAGAAGUCUCGACAUUUUGGGCCUAUGA